GGUGGGGUUGCCAGCGUUAUCGCAUCGUAGCUUUUCAACUGGUGGAUCGUAGGAAUUAAUAAUGCAGAUGCUUGAAUUUUGUUGAGCCAAGAUAAGGGAUUCUUAUUUAUACCCUCCAAUCUGUACCCUGGACGACUACACAACCUCAACAACAACUGUAUAGUAUCUGUAAAGAGCAUAUCGUCUUCACAAUGGCUAUCGCUCCCGGUUUCAAGGUUUUCAACGUCGGCGUCAUUGGAUAUGGCAUGUCUGCCAAGGUCUUCCAUAUUCCCUUCAUCGCCACGACCCCUCAGUUCAAGCUCCAUGCAAUUGUCCAGCGCAGCCCCAAGGAAGGCAACUCUGCGCCUGCCGACCACCCUGAUGUCAAGCACUACACUGAUGCCAAGGACCUUCUAGCCGACUCCGAUAUCGAUGUCGUCGUCGUCACCACUCCUCCCAACCACCACUUUGAGCUCACAAAGGCUAUUCUCGAGGCCGGCAAGCACGUCCUGACUGAGAAGCCUUUUGUGCCCACAUCCGCCGAAGCUGAUAAGCUUAUUGAAAUAGCCAAAGCUAACAACAAACUCAUCUGUGUUUACCAGAACCGUCGCUGGGAUUCCGACUUCCUUCUUGUCAAGCACCUUGUAUCAAACGACACCCUCGGCCGCGUCUUCGAGUUCAACACCCACUUUGACCGUUACAAGGCCGGAGCCGCUACCAACUGGAAGGGAGAGCUUGGUAUCGACCAAGGUGGCAGUGCGCUCUUCGAUCUUGGAACCCACUUGAUUGAUCAAGCUUAUGUCCUCUUUGGCAUGCCUCAGUCCGUCCAUGGCCGCCUUUUGUCUCAGCGAAACGGCAAGUUUGACUUCUUCAACCCCGAGGCCAUCAAUGCGGAAUUGACGUACUCGGAUGGCAAGAUUGUCAACGUCCGUAUCAGCCAGCAGAGUGUCGAGCUUAUCCAGCCUCGCUUCUGGGUCCGUGGUACCAAAGGAAGCUUCCACAAGGUCGGUCUCGACCCCCAGGAAGAUCAACUCAAGGCCGGCGUUUCUCCUACCGCUGAGGGUUUCGGCAAGGAUCCCGCUUCUAACAUGCGCUUGGCCGUCGUUGAUGCCGAGGGCAAGGCUCAGGAAGCCCAGGUUCCCGACUUGAAGCCCGAGACGUAUAUGACCUUCUACAAUGCUUUUGGUGCUGCUGUUGCUAGUGGCAAGGAGGAGGAUGUUCCUGUUAAAGCUUCCGAAGCCCGUGAUGUCCUUUGCAUCCUUGAAGCCGUCCAGGAGAGCGCCAAGACAGGCAAGGAUGUGACCUUUUAAUGAAUUGUUACCCGUACCAAGCGCAUUAUCUUGAAAAAGUUCGCCUUAAAAAAAGGUGCUUCUGCACGUAUCUAUUAAUAUUAUGAAUUAUGAAAUCGUC